AUGGCGGCAUUGGUGGUUCUCUCAAUCUCUCAUUCUCCCUCUUUCAAACACCAAAAAAUAACGUAUCUUGUUCUUCUUGAAUAGCGGGCAGUGCUUUUCGUUUUUGCAGUUACAGUUGUGAGGUUCAGUUUCAGACCUCACCUGUUUGGCGUUCUCAGUUACAUAGAGAAAACCAACCUCCAUCUCAACUUGUUCCAUGGCCACGAAAGCCUUCGUUCUCUAUCUCUUUUCUACUUUCUCGGUUGCUAUUCUGUCUGUGCUGUUCUUCACACACCAGAAUGAUGACAUAUCUUACCAGCCCCGCCUUUCUUCUCUCAAUUCGAAUCUCUUGCACUUGGAAGCCUCGGAUAAAGUUUGGCCGGAUUUGGCAUUUAACUGGAGACUUGUGCUGGCCACAGUGAUCGGUUUUCUGGGAUCGGCGUGUGGAACUGUGGGAGGGGUAGGAGGGGGUGGCAUAUUUGUCCCUAUGCUUACUUUGAUUGUUGGUUUUGAUACCAAGUCGGCUGCUGCUAUUUCUAAAUGUAUGAUAAUGGGGGCUUCUGCAUCAUCAGUGUGGUACAACUUGAGGGUGCCCCAUCCAACAAAGGAAGUUCCCAUAUUAGAUUAUGAUCUGGCACUUCUCUUUCAACCCGUGCUCAUGCUUGGGAUCACAAUUGGUGUGUCUCUCAGUGUGGUCUUCCCCUUCUGGCUCAUCACUGUUCUCAUCAUUAUUCUCUUCUUGGGUACUUCAUCAAGGUCUGCUUACAAAGGGGUUGAGAUGUGGAAGGAAGAGACUAUCCUGAAGAAGGAAUUUGCAAGGCAACAAGAAGCUCGAGUUGACUCUCGUGGCGAACUUCUAAUUGAUGCAGACUAUCAACAAUUAAAUAACAGUGAAGAGAAGUCAAUGAUGCAAAUACUAUGUUUCAACCUCAGAUGGAAAAGGGUGAUGGUCUUAGUUACUCUUUGGGUUGCUUUUCUACUUCUUCAAAUCUUCAAGAAUGAUACAACUACUUGCAGUAUCUUGUAUUGGGUCCUCUUCUGCUUACAGUUUCCUAUAACAUUUGUGGUUUUUGGAUAUGAAGCAAUCAAGUUGUACAAAGAUUACAAGAAGAGACUGAGCACAGGCAAUUCAGAAUCAAUAUGUGAGGCAUCAAUUGCAUGGACUCCAAUGAACAUAGCAUUUUGUGCACUCUGCGGUAUCUUGGGAGGCACUGUUGGGGGUCUGCUUGGAUCUGGUGGAGGAUUCAUUCUUGGCCCUCUCCUAUUAGAAAUAGGUGUUAUCCCACAGGUUGCUAGUGCGACAGCUACAUUUGUGAUGAUGUUCUCAGCAUCCUUAUCGGUUGUGGAGUUCUACCUCCUUAAGAGGUUUCCUAUUCCAUAUGCAUUGUACCUCACAAGUGUUUCUAUCUUGGCUGGCUUUUGGGGACAGUUUCUUGUAAGGAAAAUAGUUACAUUUCUCAAGAGAGCAUCAAUCAUAGUAUUUGUCCUCUCAGCUGUUAUCUUUGCUAGUGCCAUCACAAUGGGUGUCACAGGAAUCAAGUCGAGCCUCCAAAUGAUAAAAGAUGGCGAGUUCAUGGGAUUCUUGGACUUCUGUAGCAGUCAGUGAUCGCUGAUAGCAUUGCAGAACAAAUGGUAGAAUUGGGAUGGCAAGUUAUUCAUUGUGUAAAGAUCAUCAGGAAUUGUUGGCCAACACAUAGUUGUCCAACUCCAUUGAUAUCAUCAUGAAGCAAUAAAAAAACUGUGAGCUAGGUUUGGUUGCUUGUUAGCUACCGCCAACUCAUGAACCAACUUGGUGUUUUGCUCUCUAUCUGGAAAGGUUAAGAUUUGCUUGUUAGCUUCUAGCUAGUAGCUAGCACUUAAAAUAAGUGUGCUUCUGCGUAGGUUGUGUUGCUGUUAGCUGCUGGCUAACACCAUUAUCAUCCUGCCUUUUGUAAUCUCAUCAUUCAUUGUAUUCAUCAUCUCAUUAUUUAGUGACAGAUCUCAUGAUUCAUAUGCCCUG